CGGAUAACAAUUUUAUAAUGUUAGUCUUCAGUUGUGGUUUGUAAACGGUUGUAAUAUGUUGUGCGCCAAAUCGGUCAGUGCGCUAUUUAGCCUGUUGGCUAUUGCACAAGUGUCACAAGCGUUCAAAACUGUGUGCUAUUAUGAUGGCAAGUCUUUAUGGCGUAAAGACGUGGUCAAAGUGACCGUCGAAGAGUUAAAGCCUGCCGUGAGCUUUUGUACGCAUCUCGUUUACGGCUAUGUCGGCAUUGACGAUGACAAGUACAACGUUAAAUCGCUGGACCCUAAAUUGGACUUGCCAGAGAGCAAAGACGUGAAAGGAGGAAAGGGCAAUUUCAAAGCUAUCACAUCUUUGAAAAAGGCCUAUCCCGGUUUGACGGUUUUGCUGUCGGUCGGUGGAAUGGCCGACACCGACGACCCGGACAAGUAUUUGGAAGUCUUGGAAAAAGAAAAAAGGAGAACCAGUUUCGCGUCCACGAUUUCGGCAAUGGCAAAAGAAAAUGGAUUUGACGGCGUUGACUUGGCCUGGCAAUUCCCAAUAGUGAACGAGAAAAAGGAAAAGAACACUUGGGGUUCUUUCAUCCACAAGGUGGCCAAAACUGUGGGAAUCACCAGCAAAGAUACAAAAGAAGCCGAGCACAAGGAACAGUUCACAGCUUUGGUCCGCGAAGUCAAAGGAGUUUUAAACGCUAACAGCUGCCCCUACUUGUCGGUGUCUAUUCUGCCUCAUGUAAAUUCCUCCGUGUACUUUGACUUCCCCGGACUCCAGAAGUAUGUGGACCAUUUCAAUUUGAUGAUUUACGAUUUCCGCACUCCCGACCGUGUGCCCAAAUUGGCCGACUACGCUGCUCCCAUGCAAUUCGUGUACGCCGAUCGGUUGAACUGGCAAAACGUGGAAUACCAAGUCAACAAAGCCAUCGCCCUGAAAGUUGACAGGUCCAAGUUGGUGUUGGGUGUGUCCACCUACGGGCGUACCUGGAAAUUGGACAAGGACAGUGGGAAAUCCGGUGCGCCUCCGGUGACAGCCGACGGUCCCGGCCAAGAAGGGACCUACACGAAGACCGAAGGUCUGUUGGCUUACUACGAAAUUUGCCCUCAUUUAGUCGAAAGCACCUCCGCCACCACAUCGUUGACGCUCUACAGACGCGUACCCGACCCUAACAAACGUUUGGGUACUUACGCGUUCCGAUUGCCCAAAGACGACGUCAAGGGCAUUUGGAUAAGUUUUGAAGAACCCGAAACGAUCAAGCAAAAAGCCACGUACGUCAAACAAAACAACUUGGGAGGUAUUGCUUUGGUGGAUUUGUCGAUGGACGACGCCAGAGGUCUUUGUGACUCGCAGAAGUAUCCUCUCUUGAAAGCAGUGAGAAACGUGUUGUAAUACACACGAUAACGUGUCAUCAACGUUAAUAUUAACGAUUAUAUUUUAUGACUACUUAUUUAAUGAUUAUUAAGUUAUUCGAAGUAGAAUUCUAUUUUGAAACAUAACAAUACUAUGCAUAUUAUUUACAUAACAAAAAAUGUUACCUAUUUGUACUUGGCAAGUUUUGCAGACCAAGAAAUAUACGACUAUAAAAAUUGAA